AUGGGUGGUGAUCUCAACCUGAAAAAGAGCUGGAAUCCAGUUCUUCUCAAAAACCAAGAGCGAGUAUGGAUCGAACAGAAGAAAGCGCUCGAGGAGCGCAAGCGCAUCGACCAGAUGAUGAAGGAGAGGGCAGAGGAGAGGCAGAUACAGGAAUUACAAGAGUUACAGGAAGCUGCGGGCGGGACCAAGCGAUUAAACCGGGUUGAUUGGAUGUACUCUGGCCCUGCUGCCGGCCAGGCGGGCACAACAGAAGAAAUGGAAGGCUAUCUGCUCGGGAAGCGGAGAAUUGACGGCCUAAUCAAAGGCAACGAGACAGAAGCGCUCUCGAAGUCCUCUGACAGCUCGUCUUUUAUGGCUAUUCAAAACGCGAAUACGCUCAGGGACACGGCUUCUAAAGUGCGUGAGGAUCCUCUUCUCGCGAUUAAAAAACAAGAACAGGCGGCAUAUGAAGUUAUAAUGAAUAACUCCUUACACCGGCGAGAACUACUAAAGGCUGCAGGAGUCGAGACAGGUGAACGGCAAAGUUCGGACAAGGAUAGAAAACACCGAAGGCACCAUCGACGGGACGACGAGGGUCGUCAUUCAUCGCGAAGGUCAAGAAGACAUGACGAAGAUCGCGGGAGCGAUCGGCAUCGAGCCCCCCGACCUCGAUCAAGAGAUGCUAGCCCUUCUCGCAGGCCCCGCCGGUCCCCGUCUCCAUAUCGAAAGAGAAGAUCUCAUUCUCCGCGACCCCGCGAUCGAGACCGGGACUGGGACCGAGACCGGAACCGGAACAGGGAUGGGGGUCGGAAUCGGUCAAGAUCUCCUUAUAAAGCAAGGGAUGACCACCAUCGAUACUCCAGAUAUUCUCCAGACGCCCAGCGCAGAAACUACGACAGAAACCCGCAAAAGUCUACAAACGACGACAACAGAGCGGCUAGGUUAGCUGCCAUGCAACAGAACGCCGAGGAACUGGAUCGGGACCGCACUUCUCGAUUGACAGCCGCAGAGCAACGCGAUAAGGCGGAGCGUGAGGUAGACGAUGCUGCACGGGCGAAAGCGAGCAAAUACGGUGGAAAAGGAGCGUUCGUGAACGCGCUCAACCGCCGCGCUGGAGAUAUCGACCUGGCAGACAGGCUCCGGCGCGGAAGACGGAAUGUCGAGAAGGAGCAGGAAGCGUAUUAA